AUGCUGAGCGACCUCUUCAGCGGCGAGCGCAAGACGCCCAAGCCGUUCGUGGACCCGCGCCUGCCGCAGUUCCCAGUCAUUGAUGCUAACCCGCCGCUGCACAAGAUCCUCCAGGCCACGCGGCCCGACGACGGACUCAGCUUCGCCUUUAUCGUCGCUAGCAUGUUCCUCGCAGGCCACAAGGUCCCCGACAAGAGCGUCUCUGCGCUCUUCCGUAAGCGCACGGCCUUUGGCGCCGCAUUCGCCGGUGCGCUCGGCGGCUUUGCUGUCGUGUGCCAGAUGGGUCAGGCGCGGCUGCAAGGCUUUGCACGCAACGAGGUUGAGAUCGCCAAGUUUGGCCUCGCGACGCCGAGCCCUGCUGCGCCCGAGGAGACCGCCAGCACUGAAGAAGACAUCAUGCAAACCAUUUCUGUGUUAUCGUGGUAG